AUGAGCAGUGUUCCCGUUUCCUCAACCGAGGCUAUCCCCACGUGCUAUUGUCUCCGCGCCGGCACGCAAUUCGAUGGAAGAAAGGGCCGAUACGAAAUCAUUCAAACGAUUCGACAUCUCGUGCACGGCGACAUUUACAAGGUGAAAUACAUCGAGGGGAAAAGCGUGGAACUGGUGAUCGUGAAGACGGAGAGCAACUCGAUUCCCGACUCGAUCGCUCGCCUCAAGAAAGAGGUCGGCAUCUUGCAAGACGUCAACGCAGAGCGGCUCAAGGGCACCGGAAAAUUUCAACAAUUUCCAAUCUGUCUCGAUCGUGGACGUGCCAAUUUCAAAUUUCUUGUGUUGAAGAUGGUCGGUCCGGAUUUGCAUUUUCUCCGAACGAAAUUGCUGAAGAAGAAUUUCUCGAAAUCAACCGCUUUCCGCAUCGCGCAAUGGAGCCUCCAAGCGAUUGUUGAUCUUCACGAAAUUGGGUGGAUUCAUCGCGAUAUUCGACCGGCAAAUUUCUGGAUUGGCUACGGACUUCAUAACGAGUGCAUCUACUUGUUCGACUUUUUGAAGAUUCGCCAAGUUGUUCGCAAGGGAAAACAUACGCCAAAGCGAGAGGGUUUGCAGACGGAUGUCCAAUACACGCAUUACAAGUUUCUUUCUCGAGCCGCCGCCCAGGGCUAUGAUCAAUCUCGACGUGAUGAUUACGAAAUGUGGGCCUACAUGGUGGUGGAUCUAUUCGACAUGUCGGCACUUCCAUGGCGCGAUUUGAAGCGUCAACAGGAUAUCAUUCGCUCAAAGAUCGACUUCUUCGCAAGCAAGAAAGUUCGAGAGGUGGCCUUGCGCGAGAUUCCCGAUUUCGAAGGCGUUUUCGACUACAUCAAACGGAUGCAUUUCACUGACGAAGGCCGACCAUCGCUUUUCCGGGAUUACCUCAAGACCAUCAAAAAGCGCUACAACAUCAAUGUGAACGAGCCCCUUGACUGGAAUCACGAGAUGGCCACGCAACACGCGCUCGCCUCCACCGACACAAGCUCGUAUCCACAUGUGGAAAGCGUUGACAAUCUAGCCAGCUCGGGAUCAGGAUUAUCGAGAAAAAGAAGCGGCACUUGUCGUGUUACCAAAAAGCCAUCGGACAAGAAAGAGAAACAAGAGAGCAAGCCGCAAAAAAAGGAAACGGCCAAAGUGAUCAAGAAAGACGCUGAUGAGGAGGAUGAUCUGAUGAAGGUCGAGGGGAACAACGAGAAGGCGUACGUGCGAGCAGAUAUGGUGGUCAAGGGAAUCACAAAGAAAAAGCCAAGGAAGUGCCAGGAGGAAGACGUCGAAGCGUACGACAAUGUGAACUUUGCA